GAACCAUCCUACCAUCUCAUCAUUAGAAGUUGAACUCAGUAUAUCCACUGAAGCUCACGUGCAUGUGAACUCUCCCUAUGAAACCCCAAUGACACCUCAGCGGGCUUCCCAGAUUUUCGACUUUUUGACAGAAAAGAAGAAAAAACCUGAAGAACGAUUAGAACGAUUACUGUGUCUCCCUUCACCUAAGAACUCUCCGCCUUCUCGCUUCUCCUCUGAUUCUGUAUCGGGUGAAUCACAAACGUGUGAUUUGCCUGCUUCCAGCGAUACCACCUCAUUACCAAUACCACUAUCCGCUCCAGAUCAAGUCAGUCAUGUCGAUAUCAACGCAAGCUCACACAAUGGCCUUCCACUCUCCAACAAUCGGAGUUUACCUGCACACAAGCAGCCUACCGUUGUUCGUGAAGAAUUGGACGUUCCCACACUUGUCACGUCCAACACUACUGGUCAGAGUAGUCGCGGGCCACGUGGACCAAGAGCCCCUUCCAAUAUUCCGACCAAAGUACCCAAAGCCAACGUCGAAAACUGGGAACCAGCUGCUAAUCCAGUUCGUGUGCGUCAUCGCCGAACUUUUGCUGAGAUGUCCAAUUCCAAACAGCAAGGAGUUGAUGUGCCAGCUCAGACAAAGGCAACAGAUGCAUUCACAACUGUGCCCUCACGUUCUUCACGCCACCAAUCCUCUUCUCGCGCAUCUAUAUCAAUGCUGCUCGAUGUUGAUCAAAGUGGCAAGAAUGGAAAGGAAGCUUUGGCCAAUCCUCUAAGUGGGAUUAAUACUCAGGAUAAAUCACAUUCACUUGCUUCCACCCCUCCUUGCGAUAAGGAGAACAAUACUACCAUUUUUGACUCGCAAUUACCGCGGACACCUAUUCGCCCCCCAGGAAUUCGGGCCAUCAUUGAUGUUCCUC